AUGCCUCCUGUAAAAAGAACUAGACGGUGUAAUUUAUAUGGUGGUAGCCCUUCUGAUUUUCCUAUUACAGAUUUAGCAACUUAUGGUGAUGUUUCUUUGGAAGAGCGCUCCUAUUUAAAAGACCAAAGGGAGAAAAUUGGUACUAAAGAAAAUUUUCAAAUAGGAGGUAUUGAUAACUCUGUUUUAUCACCUACCUCAAGAAAUACAAUGCAAACAAAAGCUUCUGAUGAAGAAAUUUAUAUUAAAGAGUUUGACACAAUCAUGGAUUCAGAUCAGUACUAUAACACUAUCCACUGUCUCAAAUUUGCUUUAGAGAUAAUUAGAUAUGGAAUAUCAGAUAAAGCAGCUGCCCCUGUAGCUAAUGCUCUACUUCAAGAUAUUGGUUAUCUACAUCUUAAUGAUGCAAUUGACCCAAGUAAAAUGAAGAGAGAGAAAGAGCGAGUAUGCUUUAAUGCUAGUUUUGAGCAAUCUAAAGUUUCAAAUAUAAAGACAACUGGUUUGGAUUGCAAAAGCAUUUGUUCGGCGGAUUUUGAUGUUUAUACAAUAAAAUGGGAAAUAGUCUAUUUAGCAGCUCAGUUAAAAAAGAAGAUACCUUAUCAAGUCAAGGAAAAGUUAGAUCGUCUAAGUAAAAGUUACGAUUACGAUUUAUUCAUUGAAUGUUUUUAUGAAAGUCAAUCAUCAUUUAAUGAUGAAAUUAAAUUAAUUGUUGAUGAACGAAAUAAACAAGAUAAACGAGAGUGGGAGAUUUCGAUUAAACACUUCUUACAAAAAACUUCUUACUUAACUUCUUGCGAAAAUUAUUUCAUAAAUCAUUACGUAAAAUCUGAAAGAAAGUUAUCGUCGUUACAAGUUAAUAAAAAUAUUUUAAGUGAUGAAGAGAAAAAACUUUUAAUUCAAUGUUCAACUAAUGUUCGCACUGUCAUCUUUUCGUGUCCAAUUAAUUUCGAAGGUUGGAAACCGAAAGAUAAGAUUGAAGUGUUGCAGAUAUUCAUCUCAAAUUAUUUAAUAACAAAAAAAGAUUUUGAAGAAAACUUUCUUCCGUGGAUUAAUCUUUGUGAAUUAUUACAUCUUAAACUUCACGAAGACAUUGAUUUUAUUAAAGAAUUUUAUGAAUGGAUUCGUUGUUCGAAUGUCAUGGUGUUAGCGAUCGAGUACCGUUGGAAAAAUUUUUGUAACCUCAAUGAAUUAGAAAACUUUACAACACGAUAAAAUAUUUAAUACUUUAAAUAUAUUAAAUAAAAACAAUAAUUAUAAAUAACUAAUGAAAUAUAUAAUGUAUUGCUUUAUAAUAAAUAUGUUUUUUUAAUUUACAAAUUAAUUUUUUUAGU